AUGUUCGCAAAUGAGAAGACACGGAUUUCGAAUGAAUCUGAUAAUGAAAUCAAUCACUUUCAAAGUCAAAUUCGUUUCGAAGAAAUCAACAAAUUAUUCGAACAAUAUCCAUAUACAAUCAUUUCAAAAGAGAAUUAUAAUCAACGAAUGCAAUCUGAUACGAAUGCACUAAAUAUCGAUCUACAUGUAUUACAAACAUUAAUCAAUGAUUACCAUACCAUGAUGGAUGAGUUAUUUCAGAAUUCUAUCAAUACAACAUAUACGACAGAUGCUAUUCAUAAUGAUCAUUUAAAAAUUGAUCUACUCUUAAUAACUUGGUGUUAUCUAAUUUGUUUCUGUCUUAUAAGUCUAUGUAUUGGAUUGAUCAUUUACAUAUGGGUAUCUCAAGUCGGGUUCAAUCGAUCUAAUCCUUGCUUAUCAAAUUUUCUAAAAUGCUUAAUAUCUCCUCUUCACAAGCAACAAAAAUGUUCACCACAAUUAGAACAACAACAACAACAAUCACAACAAGAUCUAGCCAAAACUCAAUCAAUUGAUCAAAAGAAAGAACUCUCUUCAGCAAUGGCAUUCAAUUCAGUUGAUAUUGUUUAG